CUCAUAUUGUACACAUGGCGUUUAUCUGCACGUGUGUAUUAUCAUAAUGGAGUUUGAAGGCGCAAACUUUUUCAGGCAACGCUUGAUUUUGUCAGUUGUUAGUGGAAAAGCAGUUAAAUUGAAAAAGAUUCGGCAUGAAGAUUCUGACCCAGGACUGAGAGAAUAUGAGGCAAGCUUUAUUCGGUUGCUGGACAAAAUCACAAACGGCACAAAGAUCGUGAUCAGUACAACAGGUACAAGUCUACUAUUCGAACCAGGACUUCUUAUCGGAGGAACUGUUGAACAUGAUUGCAACCCACAACGAUCUAUUGGAUAUUACCUUGAAGCUUUGUUGUGCUUGGCUCCCUUCACAAAGCAUCCACUUCAUGCAACACUUUCAGGUGUUACCAAUAGUCAGACUGAUUUAUCUGUUGAUUUAAUCAAGUUGUCUUCAUUUCCUGUUUUGAAAAAGUUCCUUGGUACUGAUGAGGAUUUGGAUCUGAAGAUUGUAAAGCGAGGAGCAGCACCAGAAGGUGGUGGUGAGGUUAUCUUUUCCUGUCCUUGCAGACAGAAGCUGCGUCCCGUCCAGUUUACAGAUCCUGGUAAAAUCAAACGCAUCAGAGGUGUGGCAUGGGCAGUACGUGUUUCACCAGUUAUCACGAACCGCAUGGUUCAUGUAGCAAGGGGUAUUCUUAAUCAGUUUCUGACAGACAUCUACAUCUACACAGAUUCUUGUAAAGGCAAGCAAUCUGGAAGAUCACCGGGUUUUGGGCUUACACUAGUGGCCGAGACAACCAAUGGUGCAUUCCUUGCUGCAGAAGCUACAUCAAAUCCAAAGGGCUCAACAGAACCACCGUCUAUACCUGAAGACAUAGGAAAGCAGGCUGCUCAUCUGUUACUUGAGGAAAUAUACAGGGGAGGGUGUGUGGAUUCAUCAUCCCAGAGUCUGGCAGUACUGUGUAUGGUACUAGGACAACAAGAUGUUUCAAAAGUACAGACUGGCCCUCUUUCUCCAUAUACGAUCCAGUUUCUGCGUCACAUUCGUCAGUUCUUACAGGUGAUGUUCAAAGUAGAGGCAGACAAGAGAGAGCAGAUGGGAGCAAAUGGACAGCAACUGAAGACAGGUGGGGAGAAGCUGAUUCUCACUUGUGUGGGUGCUGGCUAUUCAAACAUAAGCAAACGAGUUGCAUGAGAUGCACAGGUGAGUCACAAUCCCAAAUGCUGCUUUUAUUUUUCAACAGCAGAUAACAAACCCCCUACCUACCCCUGCUCCCUAACCUUUGGAAGGGGGUCAAAGACUUGCUUUACUUUUCCCACAAAGACUCUAUGCAAAGCUUGCCACAGUCCAGUGAUUCAUGUUCUUGUACUAAGGUAGUAGUUUUCAUUCAACCAUUAAAUGUAAAAAUGAGAAGGAUUUGAUAAGUUAUUUUCCUUUUAAAGAUACUUGUAGAGAAAAUAAGUGUGGACAGUCUGUAUACAGUUGGAAUGGAAUGCCAUUUAUCUCCACUCUUAUUUCAACUAAAUGUUUAAAAAAAAAAAAA